CUGUUCUCAGGCCUAGCAGUAGUGCUGGGCGCCGUGCCCCGUAAGCCAACAACACGUGACUUCUUCUUAGAAGAAGCGGAUAACGAUGCUUUCACUCUGAUUGUUCUAACAGAGGGCAGGCGGGUUAUUCUUGGUGAAAUCGGAAGAAAGGUUUCCUUAAACCGCGAUGACAUCAGUUUUGAGAUGUACGAAGAGCGAGAUGAGGAAAGCGGUGGUUACCAUGUGACGAUCUCGUGGGAGGGACCGAGCUCAGUCGUCUUCGAGGAUUGCUUAGAUUUUGGUGAAAGACAAUGGUACGGCGGCCCCGAGCAAAAGGAACAGUACUGGCCCAUUCAGAAAUCCAAACUCGAGAAGUACUCUAUCAUAUCCAAAGAAGCUGAUAAUUCAGCUGUAUCUGAAAGGUACUGGGUGAACUCAGCCGGCUGGUACGUGUACAUUCAACCAGAGGUACCGCUGUUUGUGGAUCAUCACAACAUACUUGACAACCACAUCUGUUUUGUGGCCGAGGUCGCCGAACCUUACUCGAGCAGACGUCCAAGGAACGUCCUAAAAUAUGAUCUAUGGUUCUUCGAUACUCCUAAAGAAGCCCACAUGCACGCUAUACAUACAUAUUUAGGAAAGCCAUCAGGAGUUCCCGAUUACAGAAUGAUCCAAUACCCGGUUUGGUCAACCUGGGCGAGAUACUCUAGGGAGAUUGAUCAAGAAAAUCUAUGGGCUUUCGCAAACGAAAUUAAGGACAGCGGUUUCCCAAACGCACAAUUCGAAAUCGAUGAUCUAUGGGAAGUUUGUUACGGUUCUUUGACCGUCGAUGAGAGGAAGUUGCCUGAUUUCAAAAAGCUUAUACAAGACAUUAAAGCUCUAGAUUUCAGGGUUACCAUAUGGGUACAUCCGUUUAUCAACAAAGAUUGUGAACCAUGGUAUUCAGAGGCAUUAGGAAAAGGCUACCUAGUCCUCAACGAGGAAGGCAGCCCUGACUCAAGCUGGUGGAACAACAACGGCUCUGUUCCCGGAUACAUCGACUUCACCAACCCUGAGGCUGCCGAGUGGUACAGCUCCCGGGUCAGAAACCUUAUUGAGACGUACAACAUCGACAGCUUGAAGUUUGACGCCGGAGAGUCGAGCUGGUCCCCUCAGAUUCCAGUACAAAAUGGAGACAUAGAACUUCACCCAGGUCACAUCGUACAAUCUUACGUGAGGACGGUCGCCCAGUUCGGUCCCAUGAUUGAAAUUCGAUCUGGAAUGAGAACUCAAGACCUGCCAGUGUUCAUUCGUAUGGUGGACAAGGAUACUUUAUGGGACUUCAACAACGGUCUUGCGACUUUGGUCACCACUCUGCUUCAAAUGAACAUGAACGGCUACGGCCUGGUGCUGCCCGACAUGAUCGGAGGCAACGGAUACAAUGAAAAGCCCAGCAAGGAACUGUUCGUGAGGUGGCUACAAGCUAACGUGUUCAUGCCCACGCUGCAAUACUCGUUCGUCCCUUGGGACCAUGAUGACGAAGCGGUUGAGAUCUGUCGUCGCUACACCCAACUACACGCAGAAUACUCUCCAGUCAUCUUGGAAGCUAUGUCAGCGGCGGUUGAGAGCGGGGAACCGGUGAAUGCACCCAUCUGGUGGCUUGACCCUCAAGACAAAGACGCCUUGGAGAUUUGGGAUGAAUUCCUACUAGGCGAAAGUGUAUUGUCGGCCCCUGUGUUAGAGGAGGGCGCGGUGUCUCGAGACAUCUACUUGCCCAAAGGUCUGUGGAGGGACGGUAAUACUGGUGAGAUGAUCACCGGCCCACAAUGGCUGAGGGACUACCCCGCGCCGCUUGACGUGUUGCCAUACUUCGUCUUAGAAGAAAAACACAACUAA